ACCGUCGAUUAGCUGUGGGCCAUCCUGAAAGAUUCCAUCACAGCUUACACAGGCCUCUCCCCGACUACCUUCUUCACGGUCCUAGCCCUAGCGAUGGCCUUCUACUAUGCCGUCUCUAACUUCUUCGAUUCUCCACCUCCUCCGCAGAGAUCAAGGGAUUACGAAGAGAAGAUGGAGCCUCUGCCGCCUCCGGUCCAGCUCGGGGAGAUCACGGAGGAGGAGCUAAAGGUGCACGACGGAUCAGACCCUAAGAAGCCACUGCUGAUGGUGAUCAAGGGCCUUCCGCUGCUCGUGAAUCUCCGAUUCUCAGGUAUCCAUUUGGUCAUGAGGAACUUGUUGUUUGUGAGGACAUUGAUCAGGUAAGUUUCUAUGAAAAUUGCAUGAAAACAUUGUGAGAAAGCACCAUUGAUUUUCUCAUGUGUGGUUUAAGGUCACAAACAUAAACAGAGAACAAUGGAAUCACUCUACAUGGAACCUGCUUAUCUGGAUUCUCCUCAUCUAAAUAAUUCAUAAAAUUGUACUUUGAAGGAUUUUGUUUCAUAUUUGUCAUUGAUGAUGCUUCUCUCUGUUUCUUUAAAGACAGCUAUUGAGGACAUUAGAGGUAAUUCAUUGCAAUUAUGCUACAAUAUUAGAUGGUUUUUUUUUCCCGAUAACUGCUUUAGGCAUUUUCACAGUUUACACUACUUGAUGAAUGGUCAGAUCUUUGGCAUGUGUACUAUCUGAUGGUGGGAAUCAUUUUUGCAUUUUUGCUAUCUGAUGAAUGGUCAAAUUAGAACACAAAUUGCAUUUUUGCAGGCAAUCGAGAUUGCUUUCAAAGUUGAAAUCAUGCAAUUUUUAGGUUUUUCAUAGUUUUUUAUUUUUAUUAUUUUUAUUAUAGUUCAGACAUGGUGAUUUUG